AUGAAUCAAAAUUUGGAUUAUAUGGAGGAGUAUGGGGAUGGAACUUUUGAAUUACAGGCAACAAUACUUCCAAAUGAAUGUAGUUAUCCUAUUGGAAGUUCUUCAUAUAAAAAUGCUGCAAAUGUCCGUUAUUUAUUUCGGCAUGGAAUAAUUAAUUGGCCCAAUUUUACCCAUUGUUUACCCAAUUGUGGUCUUUGUACACAAUUUGCUUCAGAUCAUGCCUACCAAAUUUAUAAUUUGGUAGUUAUUGGGUUUCUUUUACCAUUUAUCAGUUUAUGCGGCCUUUGCGGCAAUAUACUCUCCGCUUUUAUUUAUAGCAGACCUGCUCUACGUCAUUCCUACACUGGAAGUAUUUAUUUAUCUGCUUUAGGAUGCUCAGACACAGCUGUGAUAUUGACUGCUCUUUUUCUUUUCUUUAUUGACUCAAUUAGACGAUAUUCCUUAAAUCUCUCAAUUUUAUAUGGAACUCUUUCCCCUGUUGUAUAUCCAGCUGGGAUGAUUGCACAAACUUGUUCUGUUUAUUUUACAAUUGUUGCCGCUGUCGAUUGUUUUGUUCAAGUUUGUAUGCCAACAAAAAUAAAAAGAUUAUUUUCAAGUCAAUUAUUUACAAAAUGUUUGGCUAGUGGAAUUCUUGCAUUUGCCUUUAUUUAUAAUAUCCCACAUUGUUUUGAAUCGAUACUUUUGGAUUGUUGGCAUCCAAAUUUUCAAAGUCAAUCUGUUGAAGUAUGUCCAGCACCUUUACGAUUCCAUCCCACUUAUAUGCUCAUUUAUUACAAAUAUAUGUAUGCAAUCUUUUUGGCUGUUGGCCCAUUAAUAGUUUUAAUUGUUUUGAAUAUUAUUGUUAUUAUUGCUACUGUUUUUUGUAAAAAGGGAAAUUCUGCUGAUAAUUUGGCUUUAAUACUUGUUGUUUUGCUUUUUAUUUUAUGUAAUACUGUUGCUUUGCUAAUUAAUAUUUUUGAAACGGUUAAUUUUAAAUUCUUAAAUAAAUAA